AUGCUAUCCACCGUCCCCCUCAAUGUGGGACGCAAACGCGUGUUUGGCUCCGUCUUCUCCCCCGCGUCGCUCGAGGCUCGACCACCGUUCACAUCUACUUUCAAUCUCCAUCAGACCCCGCUCACCUCAUUCCAGUCUGACGACUCCUCGUCGACCGUGAAAACCGCAUCCCAAGCGACUGCCAUCUCGUCCGCCCAUGACCCACUCGAGGACCGACAAGCCUGGGACCAAGCGUGGUCUGCGGCGACAGCCUUUCUAUCUGUCCCCGACCGCGGAUUUGCAUCCAUUCAUGAAUACAAAGACACCGACGGCAGUGAAGCUUUGAAGGACUGGAACAGACUCAGUCCUCCGUCGAAAGAGACUGGCGAAGCGCUCGCGUAUUUGACAGCUGCGGCUCAGAAUGCGAAGAUCACGUCAGGCGCGACUAAGCCGCAGGACCUGGUUAGCUGGUAUGGAGGUGAAAUUCGGAGACACUUUUUGAUCAACAUUCGUGGUGGGCUGUAUGAGCUUUCGCAAAACCCCAAGACAGAUGGUCUUUUACGAACAAUUGUCGACUGCUUACAACUUGUUCGUCGAAUUUACUUAGCGCCUAUCGUGCACUAUCUAUUACCCUUACUACCGGCGACCGAGCAAGGACGAGUGUUGACUCAAUUACAACGAGGCUUCCACGCAGUUGUCUCAUACUCUCUUCCGUGGGCUCAAAUUUCGAAACUCUUAGCUGAGGACCUCGCCCAAGAAUCUCUGGUCAUCCUGGGAAUCGAUACAUUAUUUGAGGAAUCAAACAGCGACGAUGACAGCCAGGAUGGCAUGGAAAUGGACCGGCAAUUCUCCGUUUCGUAUGAAGCAUGGAAGCAGGAGAGUACAGAAUCUCGAGCACACAUGAUGACGGAGGGCGAGCAAGAAAACGUCACAGUUGCUCGAGAUCGUCUUCUGGCGAUUCUAAAUGGGUUGCAGCUCGUCGGCCUUGGUGGUGACAAAGCCCAAAAAAUCUUUGCCGGCGUAAUGAACAUCAUGAUCACCGAGUUUGUUCGCGCAGCGUAUACUGGAAAGUGGGCAUCUCCGACCUCUGCUGUUCAACAUCUAAAACACUGGAUUGAGAAUGUGUUUGCGCGACUCGCCGUGCAGGUGCUGGCUAUAAUCCACACGCCACCGUCUGGCAACCAAGCGUCUAACUCUCUGGAUGUAAGCUUUGGGGAUGUGGAAAAGUGGCAGGAGAUUGGCAUUGCUCGUCUAGGAGCUCUACGUACCAGUGAGCUAUUCGAUGUGAUCGUCGAUUGGCCUGCGAGUAGUGGCGCCGCUGAAGAUUUGCGACACUUCACAACGCAUCCGGCGGCAAGGGCCUAUGUCACGCAGUCAUUUAUUGCAACUUUGAAUCAGCGUCUGCUGCACCCUGGUGCCUCGACCGUUGAGAUACUGCAGUUGUAUAUUUCAAUCAUUCGGGCCUUCCACCUCCUGGACCCGAAAGGUGUUCUCCUGGACCGGAUUGCUCGACCAAUUCGACGAUAUCUGAGAGAUCGCGAUGAUACUGUCAAGGUGAUCGUUAGUGGCUUGCUCGCUGAACCACUGGCCGCAAACAAGCAAGCUCUGCCUUCCAGUGGUGACACAUUGGUCGAGCUGUCCACAGAGUUGGCAAAGGCACACCAACUCUCUAUGCAGAACAACACAAUUGACCUGGACUGGGAUGAUAUGAAUUGGGUACCAGACCCGGUCGAUGCUGCGCCUGACUACCGAAAGUCGAAGAGCUCCGACGUCAUUGACAGUCUAAUCAGUUUGUUUGAUUCCAAAGAAACAUUCGUCAAGGAACUACAAUCUCUCCUUGGUGACCGUCUCCUACAGAAGCGCGAAGACUUCGAUCAAGAAAUCUCCGUUCUGGAGCUCUUGAAGGUCCGAUUCGGCGACUCAGCACUUCAAGCCUGCGAGGUCAUGCUAAAGGACAUAUCCGACUCUCGCCGCGUCGACACCAGCGUCCGCAAAGACCAAGGCCUCUCUAAACCCCCGAGCCGCAUGAACACCAAAAGACCGACUGUACACAUGCCUGAAUUACACGCCAAGAUCCUCUCGCGCUUCUUCUGGCCAGAAAUUCAAGACCAAGAAUUCAAAGUACCUGACGAGAUCGCCUACCUCCAACACCGCUAUUCGACCGGCUUUGAAAGCCUGAAACAAUCCCGCAAGCUCACCUGGCGUAAUGGUCUCGGCCAAGUAACCGUCGAACUGGAACUAGGCGAUCGAACCUUCGUAGACGAAGUCUCAACCUGGCAAGCAACAGUCAUCUACGCCUUUCAAUCUGACGACGAGGAAACCACCAGAUCAGUCACCGAUCUCGCCUCCGAAUUAGACAUGGCUCCUGCCCUUGUCCUCUCUGCUUGUCUGUUCUGGGUGAGCAAGCGUAUUCUCAUGGAAACAUCUCGCGACACAUUCCGCGUCCUCGAAUACCUACCCACUGAAACAGAAACACAGGAAGACUCAGCAGACGUGCCCAAAACAGCUGAAGCUGUGGCGAUGGAGAAGAUGAAUCUGUACUGGCAAUUCAUCGUAGGCAUGCUUACCAAUCAGGGUGCUAUGCCUUUGCAGAGGAUUGUUAUGAUGUUGAAGAUUGUGGUGCCGGGCGGCUUUCCGUUUAGUAACGAGGAGCUGAGGGAGUUCCUUGCUGGGAUGGUUUCGAAGGGGAAGGUUGAGAUCGUGAGUGGGGGGAAUUAUAAGCUUGUUCAUUAG